GGUUUCGGUUGGACUGUGUGAUCGGAGGGAGCAUUCUUGGCAACGUCUCGAGCGCCAUAGAAACGGGUCUGUCGACUAUCGGGAAAUGAAUCUUUCUCAAAUAGAUUGUGACUCUUCCUGAAGGGAUAUAAGUUCUUUCGAAGUGAGAAGACCACGCUAGACCCCCGAAGCUCCCAGCUGCCAAUCACACACACACACCUGGAGGGACCACGGCCGCUACACCUGCACUGCUGACACCUGGGGAACAAGAUCUCCAACAGAGAACAACAGAUGGGUUGGGGACAGGAGAGAGCAGAGACAAGAUAGAGGAGACAGAGGUGUUCCAGAAGAGAGACCGGACAGAGGCGCCCCAAGGAGCGAAGAGAGAGCGCCCCCAGAGGAGCCCCAGGACCCGGGCGUGAGCGCAGCCGUCAGGAGAUGAGCGUGGGAGGUGGAGGCUGCUGCAUCAUCAGGCUGUGCGUGGAGUCUCUCCUCUCCCUGACCCCUGGCGAGGGAUGCCCCCCCUCCUGCCCCCGACCUGCCGUCCUCCUGCCCUGAGCACCCCCCCUCCCUCUCCCUGGCCCGCCACGGGGGCACCAUGAGCAGCUACAGAGACAGAGGAGUCACCUGCACCUCCUCAGACCUCCUGGAGGGGGGAGGAGGGGGAGGAGGUGCCCCCCAGCAUGCAGCCGGCUUCCGCCACACCCCCAACGGCCACCCUGCCGCUGGCCCCGCCUCCUCAGACCCAACCAGCCUAUCGCGGGUCUCCGUGCCCAAGAUGGGCGUGCGUGCCCGGAUCGCCGAGUGGCCGCCUCGCCGAGAGCACUCCCACGAGUCGCUCCUGGAGAACGGCAACGGCCACCACGGAGACGACCCUGCCGCCUACCUGUCGGCCUUCCCCUCCGACGGCGGGCUGAUGCGGGGGGGCGUGGCCAGGCUGCCGCGGCGACGCACCAAGGACGCAGAGUUCCGCGCCGGAGAGCGAGGCUCCCCGCGGAUCCUGAGGGCAUUCCCGCCGCUACGGCAACGCUCCAACAGCGAGGUGACGCUGAGCGAGCAGGACGAGGGCGAGGUGGAGGGCCGUGGCGGGGGCCCGGGGGGCACCCUGUACCGGGAGUACGGCAGCACCUCCUCCAUAGACAUCCAGGGCAUCCCCGAGCAGAGCUUCUUCGACAUGCUCAGCCAGUUCCAGCAGGAGAGGCCCGACCAGCGCAGCACCGCCCCCAUCCACCUGGGGGAGCUCCUCCGAGCCCCGGACUCCUCUGCCCCCGUUGGACACUCCGUCACCCCCACACCACGGGGAGAGGAGGGGGGAGGGACGGCCAGGAGGGAGGGAGGAGGGGAGAGCCGGGUGAGGAAGAAGAGCGGAGGGACGGAGUCGUCUCUGGGCACGUCGUCUCUGUUCCGGAAGCUCCGCAGCUCCAGCAGGGGCGAGCUGGACAAGGGGGAGCCGGGGGAGGACGGGGGAGGGGCGGCCAGGAACUCCUCCGACACCCCCUACAAAUCCUGGGUAUGUCCCAAGACCUUCGUUCACUACGACGCCCAAAGCAUCCUGUUUGACCUCCACGAGGCGGCUGCCCAGCGAGGCUACGUGACCCCCAGGAGGAACACCGCCACCGGGGCCUCGGCAGCCUCGGUCUCCCUCCCCACCUCCAGAGCCCUGGACCCACCCUACUCCAGCACCGAGGACCUCACUGCCUUCAGCCUGGACCCCAGCCUCGGGCCACCCUGCCUGGGCAUGGACCCACUGGAGGGGCCCCUACCCUCUGGCGGCCCCAGCCAGCUGCUCCUGACCUGCCCCCACUUCCUCAACGAGACGGGCGGCCACGGCGAGCGCAACGUCAGCUUCCUCAGCUCGUCCGGCGAGCGGGGCAGGGAGGGGGGGGCGGCGGAGGGGGCGGCGGCGAGGGGGGGCUGGCUCAGGAGGAGCAAUGCCAGCGUGUCGGUGGUGGAGGUGCCGGUGGAACAUCAGGUGACCCGGCUGGACUCACUGCAGCUGUACAGCGUGGAGCAUGUGGACCAGGGGGCGCGCUACUACAGAGAGUAUUUCCAUGGGAAAGAGCACUCAAACUACUUUGGGACUGAUGAGAAGCUGGGCCCGGUGGCGGUCAGUGUGAGGAGGGAGAAGCUGGACGACACCAAAGACCUGAAGGACCAGUACCAGUACCGGCUCAUCGUCAGGACUAGCGAGCUGGUGACCCUGCGGGGCUGCAUCCUGGAGGACGCGGUGGCGUCCACCAGCAGGCACGGCACGGUGCGAGGCCUGCCCCUGAAGGAGGUGCUGGAGCAGGUGGUCCCAGAGCUUUCUGUGCCCUGCCUCCGCCUGGCCCUCAGCACGCCCAAGGUCACCGAGCAGCUCCUCAAACUGGACGAGCAGGGGCUGAGUCAGAAGCACAAGGUGGGCGUGCUGCUGUGCAGGGCGGGCCAGAGCACCGAGGAGGAGAUGUACAACAACGAGGAGGCCACGCCCGCUUUCAGCUCCUUCCUCAGCCUGCUGGGAGAGCAGGUGUGCCUGCGCGGCUUCACCAAGUACGCCGCACAGCUCGACACCAAGACUGACUCCACAGGGACCCACUCCCUCUACACCACCUACCAGGGCUAUGAGGUCAUGUUCCAUGUCUCCACCAUGCUGCCAUACAUGCCCAGCAACCCCCAGCAGCUGCUGAGGAAGCGUCACAUUGGGAACGACAUCGUCACGGUGAUCUUCCAGGAGCCCGGUGCCCUCCCCUUCACCCCCCAGAACAUCAGGUCUCACUUCCAGCACGUGUUCGUCAUAGUCCGCGUGCACAGCCCCACCUCCGACAACCCCUGCUACAGCGUUGCCGUGACGAGGAUGAAGGACGUCCCCUCCUUCGGCCCGCCCAUCCCUGUGGGCGUGACCUUCCGGGACCCCGAGGCCUUCCGCAGCUUCCUGCUGGCCAAGGUCAUCAACGCCGAGAACGCCGCGCACAAGUCCCAGAAGUUCCACGCCAUGGCGACCAGGACGCGGCAGGAGUACCUCCGCGACCUGGCCGAGAACUGCGCCAGCGGCACGCCGCUCGACUCGGCCGGCAAGCUCAACAACCUCAUCUCCCUGGCGUCCAAGAAGAGGGAGCGCUCGCGGGCGCGCGAGGGGGCGGAGCUGGGCGCGGCCGGCGCCGUGGCGUGGAGGGCGCUGGCGCAGGACUUCAGCGGCGGCGCGGCCGAGAUCCCGUGCGCCCUGGGCCUGUCGGCCGAGUACGUCCUGCUGGCCGACUGCGCCACCAAGGAGGUGGUGUUCAACUGCUUCUGCGCCGACGUGAUUGGCUGGACGCCGGAGCGGCUGGCGCUGAAGAUCUUCUACGGGCGCGGGGACCACAUCGCCGUCAGGAUGCCCGAGGGCUGCGCUCAGGACAUCAGGGAGGUGGUCCAGAGGUUGAAGGCGCUGACAGUGGGCUGUGAGACGGUGGACAUGACCCUGAGGAGGAACGGUCUGGGCCAGCUGGGCUUCCACGUCCGCCUGGACGGCACCGUGGCCGAGGUGGAGGAGUACGGCUUCGCCUGGCAGGCAGGUCUGAGGCAGGGCAGCCGAUUGGUGGAGAUCUGUAAGGUUGCCGCAGUGACGCUUACCCACGAGCAGAUGAUUGACUUGCUGAGGACGUCGGUGACUGUGAAGGUGGUCAUCAUCCCCCCAUACGAGGAGGGGGGGCCACGCAGGGGCUGUACUGAGGAGUAUGAGAUGAAGACCAUGGAGCAGAAGCCUGAGCCUGAGCCCAUCGCCGCAGGCUACCGCCCCUCCCCCCGCCCCUCCCCCCGCCCCCCUGCCUGGCGUUGGGACAGCCCCCCCGGCCCCCCGGGGCUCCACAGUGCUACUCCACCCCAGCGCUGGACCCCAAAGGGGCCUCCCCCUCCUCAAGCCCUGCCCCGCUCCCAAAAGACCCUGGUGCCAGUGCCCUACAGGGAGCCCCAGCACCUCAGCAAGAGGCCAGUCAGCUACCCAGAGAACCACUACAGCAUAUCACCAGUGGGGGGCGACAGAGGGUUCCCCUACCGCAACCCCUCAGCCAGCUUCUCCUCCCCCUCGCCUGGCCUGGGGGCCCUGGCGGGGCCGGGGGGGCCAGGGUUGAGUGGGCCCUUUGUACGCUACAAACCCUCACCUGACAGGUAUGGGGCUGGACAGCGCCCCCUGCUGGUGUACGAGCCUCACCUCACUCUGGACAUCACCUCUAGUGGAGAGUCUUCUGGCUUCACCAGCCAGGAGAGCACCAUGGAGCGCAGCAAGACAGAGCCGCUGUGGCACGUCCCUGCUCCGUCACCGCGGGGCCCGGGGGCGGUGCUGGGAGGAGCAGGGGGAGGGCAGAGGAGGACGGCCAGGCAGGACAUCCCAGGGAAGGACUCUCCCAACAGACACUCUAAGGGGGAGACCCAGUACUCUAGUCACUCCAGCAGCAACACCCUCUCCAGCAACGCCUCCAGUAACCAUAGCGACGAGCGGUGGUCCGACGGGGGGGUCGUCGGGGACCGGGGCGUUGGAGGAGGCGGGGGUUCUGGUGGAUGCCUUAGCGACCCGGCAGAACCUGACCCCGAGCUCCUCAAUAAGGGGGGGUCGAGCGACAGCGGCAUAGACGCCCCCACUCUCUACACCCCUGGUCGCCACAGCAACCAGUCCAACCACCAAUCGCACAAGGCCUUGCACCCCCAGGCACCCUAUAGUGGACUGCAGGAGAUUCCUAUAGGGCGGGGUGGUGGGGGAGGGGAUGGGCGAAGACACGAGUCAUCACCAGUGAUGCCUGGAUCGACCAAUCAGAACAAGGGAUACUUCACCAGGACGUUCCCGCCCCCUGGCUCCAGCGCCGACAAGACAGACCCGUUCAAACACAGGGCCUGCUACACCCCUCAGGGCUACAGGACGCCUGCAGCUGAGAAGCCCCGCCCAGUACGAGCCUCCACGGCCACACCCACUUCCUCACAACUAGGCCCCACCCCUCUCUCCAGCUCCGCCCCCAAGACCUUUUAUGGCAAGGGUCGGCCGGGCGCUUGGCAACAAGAGGACAACGGCCCCUCGCCUUUAAACACUCCCACAAUAUCCUGCUCUGACAGCAACAGCAAGAAGCAGGUGGAGAGGAACUCUAAAAACGUGUUUGGUCAGCCUCGCCUCCGAGCGUCGCUAAGGGACCUACGGUCACCACGGCGAUCGCACAAGAGCACCAUCGAGGACGACCUGAAGAAGCUGAUCAUCAUGGACAACCCUGGAGAGACGGAGCGACAGAGAGACCCAUCUCCCAGACGGACUCUCCAGAGGACGUUCUCAGACGAGUCUCUGUGCAGCGGCCGCAGGGACGCCAGCUUCGCUAGCUCCGCCCCCCUGUACGAGGGCCAGGCCGCGCAGAGCGACCUGCUCUUCACCUGCACCCUGCCCACGCGGAGACACGCCCAUGGCGCCAACCACGCCUCCAACAAGAAGGUGCCCCUGUCUGCGUCAGAGCUGUCCCUGACCGAGGUGAAGGACCGGCUGCCCCCCCUGCGGAGGCUGGACCCGGGCCUCAUGCCCCUCCCAGACACGGCCUGCGGCCUGGAGUGGUCCAGCCUGGUCAGCGCUGCCAAGGCCUACGAAGUUCAAAGAGCCGUGUCUCUCUUCUCGCUGACGGAGCCCCUCGGCGGUCCAGACUUGAGGCCCGUUGUCUCUCCUGUCCAGUUCCAGACCCCACAGACCCCACGCACCACCCCGACCUUCAGCGGUGAUGAGGUCCCUAACGACCUGUCGGGGAGGAUGUACCACCUGGAGGUGAUGCUGAAGCAGCUGAACACUGACCUGGAGAAGGAGAAGCAGGACAAGGUCAUGCUCCUGGAAGAAAUGGCCAACCUCAGACAGAACAACCAGCGCCUGCAGGAGGAGAGCCAGUCGGCCAGCGAGCAGCUACGCAAGUUCAGCAUGCUCUUCACCGGCACGCCAGCAGAGAGGAAGUGAGGUCACGUGUUUGACCAACCCCCAAAAAACUGGAAUUGAACUCAGACUGGAUUGUGAUAUUACACACCAGACACAGGAAGUGGCCUUGGGUGAAGGGGAAGUGAUGUAAGCAGGCCAGCAAGAGACCAAAAGAGUUUGGCGGGAAAAAAAAGAUGUGAAGACUGUGAACACGGCUUUCAGGAACGGAGGAGAAGAGAGUAGAGCUCAGUUGAACCGGGUAGAAGCUGACAGUAGAAUUUAUCUAAGAAACCCUCAAACUGGAGACUCAAGCCUGUUGGAGACAGGCCCUUUCAAACUCUGUCAACAGAGAAUCCCUCCCUCUCUCCUUUCCUCCUCCCCCCUCUGUUGUUCUGCCUCUUUUUAUUUUUAUACCUGAAGUCUUUCCCUUGCUCUUGAUCUGACAGCAGCCAAUAGCAGAGGAGCAACGGUGGGACAGUGAACUUUACAACACUAGCUAGAUCACCCGGAGAGGCCUAAUACUGUUCCUGAAGCCAUGACGCCAAAAAUCUCCAACUCCCAGAAUUUACCGGGAGUCUGAAGACGUGGUACUGUAGUUGUAAGUGUGGGGCAGCCUUCUCUGACAGACUCCCACACGCUCAUACUGUACUGAGAAACCGGACCUGAGGAAGGUGUGUGUGUCAUAAAGGUGUGUUUGUGUUUGCAUUUGUGUGAGUGUAUGUGUGUGUCUGUAGGGUACAUCAACAACACUCACAGAAUAGCCAUUGCAGCAUCAUUGAGGGCAGACCCACUCAGUGAACUGGGUGAAGAGGAGGAUUUUCUGUGGAGUGUUGUGAACAUGUGACAGUUCUAGAGUUGGGUUUAAAACCCUACAUGUUAUAAUGUAAGUGUGUGAUGGUGAGAGAGGGAAAAGAGGUACAGAGUGUUUCAAUUCAGAGUUAGCUGACUGUCAAAUGAAAGAACAUGCUGAUGUAGGACCUGGAGUCUUUCCUGACUAGAUCAUACUCCAGCUAGUCAAACAGGACAUCUCAAACGAUGGGCAGUGUGAGACACUCAGUGAUAACGGCACAAUAUCUCAAUUUAUAGUUUUGACUAUUUUUGUUUUUCAAUUUAAUUUGUCUUCUUUUUUAAUUUAAUUUGUCUUCUUUUAUCUGUUUUUUUUUUUGAUCAGUGAAGUCAUCUCAGAUUAAAGCUACUGGAUAAUUGUUUUACAUAUUUACAGGUGCCAGAAUAGUUAUUUUGUCUAGGUUGUUGAUGUUCUUGGUUAUACAAUGUAGAAAAUAACCAAACCUUGUAAAACACUGAAUCUCACAAAAAUAUCUGGAAACAGGCAUGACACAUUCACACCCUUUCAUCCUCUGCCAGACCCUGUCUCUUUAAUACUGUCAUCUCUUCAAGUCUCACCUGUGAGAUGAUGCCACGUGUGUGUGUCUCUGCGGUUCUGUUCAUGUCGUGACCUAUUCUUUCUUCAGAACAAAACUAAAUGUACACAGCUCUUGACAUUCACCACUGUCGGUUGUGCGUGGGCAUUUGUGUGAGCUGGAUGUUAGGGUAGAACGUGUGUUUAACUAAACCCAGUCGCAAAGUAUCCUUUCAGUGCUGAGAUUCUUCAACACAAAUACACAAUUUGUACUAGGGGGAGCGAGCCAGGUUAUAUUAUCUAACUGAGUCUAUUUUUUCAUUCAGAUUGUAGUGUCUCCCUGAGGCUGUCCUCCUGGUUAAAUGGGAGGUGAGGGUAGCCAUCUUGGGAAUGUGUGUGACAGGUGGUGUGUCAUUGCCUGUAUCUACCUACGGUAUGAAGAGCAGUCAGCUGAACAGGUGAAUCACUCAUCACCUCCACAGGUGAAUCACUCAUCACCUCCACAGGUGGCUGUUGUGACAUCUUCUGUCUACCCUGAUUCAACCUGAAGCCCCCCCUCCAGGAGAACAUCCACUCACAUCUCAUUCCGCUUAUCUAAUAACAGACACACACACAGAACUGCUCUUCCUCCACCAUGCACUCAGGUCCAAUUCAGACACACAUGAACACACACACACACCAACUAGCUAAGAGGCUCUUUCUAGCUCCUUGUCCCACUGAAUUGUGCAUACACAUCACUGCCUUCCCAAAGAUGGUCAUCUGACUUCAAUCUACUCCUGACCCCAUCGUAUACCAUUAAUAUCAUCUCUCUCACUGCACUGCCUCAUCUUUCAACUCUCUGUCACACACACAUCAUUAACUAUACCAGUACACAUUCAUAGCCCAGUGAAGCUUCAUUUAUCUUAAUCUGAUAUCUGCAAUGUCUUAAUCUUUCAUUUGUUGAUUUGUGUGUAGAGGGGUAGGGGUGUUUUAAAGAGUAAACAUUUUUUAUUAUUUGUUUUAACUAUGGUAAAAAAAAAAAACACAAAAAACCUAAUAAUAAUAAUAUACAUGUUGAGCAUAGAUUGGUGCAUUGAUGUUUCACUUGCACAAAUCACAGAUGGUAAUACAAAAAGUUUAAUAGUAAAUCUUAUGAUUAUUCUUUUUUUGUUUGUUUAAUAUUUGAUAAUUUAUUUUUGAAUACAAUUGGCAACUUUUUCCAAACUGUAACUGUAAUUUACAGCGUUGAAAAACAGAGGGUACUGUGUUUUUAAUUCUGUGUACAAAGCUGAUCUGGAUGAUCCUGUUUUGAUGAUUUAUUUCUCUUUUUUCAUUUCCUUUGUGUUGGGUACUUCCUGCACGUAGCAGGUGAGCUCAAUGCGUAGACGAAACUUCUGGUUGAGCGUUCUGUCUUUUACGUCGGGGGAUGUUGUAUCAAUGCGUGUACAUUUAAAAAUGUAAAUUAUGUUUUCAUUAUUUUAUAAGAAAAAUAUAUUAAAAUCUUUCCUAAUGAUU